AACCGUCACAAACCAAACUUGUACACAGAGAGAAAUAUUGUAACAGAGCUUACUUCGGCAAAGUAACAGAGCUUAUCUACCAAAUCAAAGAUAAAGAAAGUUUCAACAAAGCUCAACAAAAUCUUCAUUUCUCACACUAUAAAUCAAAGAAAUUUCACUUAUAAGGGUUUGUAGAUCACAAACAGUGCUUCAAUUUGUGAAUCUACAAUGCCUUGCAAAUAAAUUGGAGGUAUAGAUUAAGGAUUAGUGUUUACUAAUUUGGCCCCAAUAAAGUAAGAUGGUAGCUUCGAUGGAUUCUUUUUUGGGUCACCUGUGCGGCGUGGGAUGGUGUUGAUGAAUUAUUUAUUUUUGGUCGCCGAUGUUGAUGGAUUCUCUCUUUUAGGUUACCGAUGUGGGGAUGCGGAUGGUGUUGAUGGAUUUUUUUUUGGUAAUCACACUUAACUGUGCCCGCCAAAGGGGAUAAGAUUGGAACUGUUUUCGGCCACUCCAAUCAAAAUGAAAGUUUUUCCAUUAAAAUCGGUGAAGCCCAACCUUAAACUCCAUUACCGCUAACGCCGAUGAGAAGCUCUAAGAAUCAACAAGCAGCGAAACUGGUGAGAGCCAACCUCAAACUCCGUGAUCGCCGGCACUGCGAGCAGACCAGUGAAGUCUCAUUCUAGUGAACCACAAACAAACCUUUUUGAUAAGCAUCAUACAGACCUAAGGCGAAACCUUUUUGGUCGACAAUGUCGUCGACGGUGGGAAAACUAGAGCGUAGAGAGAGAGAGCGCCUUGUGUGUAAGGCCGUGUUUGGCGCGCUGAAAUGAGUGGUGGUUUGGUGAUAAGGAUGAGGUAGAUAAGGUAUGUUGUCACAAUUCUAUUGGAUGGUUAAGAUUUGUUUGACACAUACUAAAGGGUAAUAUUGUAAUCCUCUUUUUCCGGUGCCGAAAACCUCACCUGAUGUCCUAAACUGCAACUUUAUCAUAGUUCAGGGGCAAUUGUUAAUUCGGAGGUUUUGUGCAAUUGGCUGAAAGUUCAAGGAGGUUUUAUGCACUUUACCCAAUUAUAUAUCUUAUAGUUUAUCCGGCCGCUUUGGCCUUGAGCCGCAUAAUUUUUUAUUUUUAUUUUUACCCCCAAAAUACUCAUAUCAUACCCUUAUAUAUAAGUAAUUCACCUAUACCUUGCUUAAAACAUUAGUGAUCAUCAUAAGAACGGUUCAUCACUAUAAAAAAAAAAACCUAAGGAAAUAUUUUAUUCUUUGCGAUGAUGAGCCCAAACCUCCUAUUUUUUAGUUAUUGAUAGGAUUUGUAGAAUGAAAAUGGAAGGACUUACCUAAUAUGUUACUAGCGACGUCGUUUGGGCAAAUGCUAUUACGAUGCAUAUCACAGUGUUGUAGGGUUUAAGCUCAGAGUGUUUCCCAGUUCCAACCUCCAUAGACUUAAAUGGCUUCGGCGUGCAGAUCAGCAGUAUUGGCAGGGGCUAGGUCCGUCACGGCUCGAUCCAAAACCCUAAUUUCCAAAACCCUAGCUCCAAAGUCCGUACCUUCCUCUCCAUUCUCUUCUCCCACCAUACCCAUUUCUCGUUCUGCUUCAAGGAUUGUUUCGGCGUUGGGAAGCGUUGAAUCUAUGCUACCACUUCACAGUGCCAUUGCUUCGGCUCGUCUCAGGUCCAGCAUCGCUGCUGAUUCUACCUGCUGGAGCUGGCUUUCUCAAGGACUUGCAACACCAUUGUGACAAGGUUCGCUGGAUUUUUACUCGGAAUAAUUACGUAGGACUUUUUCUAUAUCGUUCUGUGAAGGAAAAAAAAAUCGAAGUUCUGAAAGUUUUAGACAUUGAAAUCUGCAACUUGCUUAGAAUUUAUCAUGUGUAACGUGCUAUGUUUUUUUUCUUAAGUUUCUCAGUUCCUGUCCUAUUGUAAUCAGGAGACAUAUUGAUCAUGUAUCUCUUUUUCUACAAAGUCACUGGUGCUGUACUCAUUUUCUCCAUGCCUUUAACUGCUUCGGUUUCUUGGGAAUCUUUCUAUUACUAAGCUAGGUCGAUUACAAUGUGUGGUAGAAUUUUGUGAGUGAUCUGGUUGUUGUGUGGUCUGGUACACUGUCACGCUUGAAGCAGUGCUUUAUACGUGAAAUCGCAUUAUAGGUUUAUGUGAAGUUUUAUCAUAGAUUCUGUGAAGUGUGCUUCCUCUGCCAACAAUUAGGUCCACAUUUUUAUCUUGUAUAACGUGCUAUGAUAUUCUCUUCAAAUUAAUGUCUGUCUUAUUGUAAUCA